GGCGGCCGGGCGCGCGGGCCGGGAGGGGGAAGCUUUCUGGCGCGGACCGCCAGCGGAGGCUGAGAGCGCCGCCGCCGGAGAAGACCGACGCUUAGCAGGAGCCAGCCCGUGGCGCCCGGGCCUGGCCGGUUGCCUCCCUUCAUCCCCGCUGCCACUGCCGCAGGCACUGCCAAGGCGGGCGCAGCGGAGCGCUCGGCCCCUCGGCCCUACCCGGCCCGGCGCGGCCCGGAGCCGCGGCGCGGGAGAUUGAAGUUUGGUCUUGUCUCCAUGGAAUAGCAUCUUUAUCUGAAGAGUGACAGGAGGCACACAGGUCAUCUUCCAGUCUCUGACACCUGGCCCUUCUUCCCAAUGGACCCCUGCAGUGGACCAUGAGACGGUAAUGUCCACUGAGGACCUCUGGGAGCCAUGUCAGACGAAUCCGCCUCAGGGAGCGAUCCAGACCUGGACCCAGACGUGGAGCUGGAGGAUGCGGAAGAGGAGGAGGAGGAGGAGGAGGAGGUGGCAGUGGAGGAGCAUGGCAGGGAUGAUGGAGAAGACCUGCUGGAUGACCCAUCCCUGGAAGACAUGUGUGGUACUGAGUGUGCCCAGCUGGGAGAAGAUGGGCAGCAGCCACCACGGUGCACUUCAACUACCUCAUCUCAGUCUGAGCCUUCAGAGCAGCUUAGGCGCCACCAAGGCAAGAGCCUUGCCUCCGAGGACCCCAAAAAGAAGAGAGCUCAGAAACCCUCCCACAUGAGAAGAAACAUACGAAAGCUUCUCCGGGAGGAUCAGUUGGAGCCAGUUACCAAAGCAGCACAACAGGAAGAAUUGGAAAGAAGGAAGCGCCUGGAGCAGCAGAGAAAGGAUUACGCAGCCCCCAUUCCCACCGUCCCCCUCGAGUUAUUUCCCGAGGAAAUUGUCUUAAGAGCAAGCGAUGGUCCCCAACUGCCUCCUCGCGUCUUGACCCAGGAAGUCAUUUGUUUGGACAGUAGCAGUGGCAGCGAGGAUGAAAAAAGCAGUCGAGAUGAGGUGAUUGAACUGAGCUCUGGAGAGGAGGAUACUCUGCACAUUGUGGACAGCAGUGAGUCUGUCAGUGAGGAGGAUGAGGAAGAGGAGAAGGGUGGCACCCAUGUGAAUGACGUCUUAAAUCAGCGUGAUGCUCUGGGGCGGGUCCUUGUCAACCUGAACCACCCUCCAGAGGAGGAGAAUGUCUUCCUGGCCCCUCAGUUGGCACGGGCGGUGAAACCUCAUCAGAUUGGUGGGAUCCGAUUCCUCUACGAUAACCUGGUUGAGUCCCUGGAGAGAUUUAAGACCAGUAGUGGCUUUGGCUGUAUCCUGGCCCACAGCAUGGGCUUGGGGAAAACUUUGCAAGUGAUCUCCUUCAUCGACGUUCUCUUCCGCCACACGCCAGCCAAAACUGUCCUUGCCAUUGUGCCAGUUAAUACUCUGCAGAACUGGCUGGCAGAGUUCAACAUGUGGCUCCCAGCUCCUGAAGCCCUUCCAGCUGACAAUAAGCCUGAAGAAGUCCAGCCUCGGUUCUUUAAAGUUCACAUCUUGAACGAUGAGCACAAGACAAUGGCAGCUCGUGCUAAAGUGAUGGCUGAUUGGGUGUCAGAGGGAGGGGUGCUGCUGAUGGGGUACGAAAUGUACAGGCUCCUCACCCUGAAGAAAUCCUUUGCCACAAGUAGACCGAAGAAAGCCAAGAAACGUUCUCACCCGGUUAUCAUUGAUCUGGAUGAGGAAGACCGACAGCAGGAGUUUCGAAGAGAGUUUGAGAAGGCCUUAUGCCGCCCUGGCCCUGAUGUGGUGAUCUGUGACGAGGGACACCGCAUCAAAAACUGCCAGGCCAGCACCUCCCAGGCCCUGAAGAACAUCCGCUCCCGCCGCCGGGUGGUGCUGACCGGGUACCCCCUGCAGAACAACCUCAUCGAGUACUGGUGCAUGGUGGACUUUGUGCGCCCAGACUUCCUCGGCACCCGGCAGGAGUUCAGCAACAUGUUUGAGCGCCCCAUCCUGAAUGGACAGUGUAUUGACAGCACACCUCAGGACGUCCGCCUCAUGCGGUACCGGAGCCACGUCCUGCACAGCCUCCUGGAGGGCUUCGUGCAGAGGAGAGGCCACACUGUGCUGAAGAUUCAUCUCCCUGCCAAGGAAGAAAAUGUGAUCCUGGUGCGGCUCUCUCAGAUCCAGCGAGAUUUGUACACACAGUUUAUGGACCGCUUCCGGGACUGUGGUAACAGUGGCUGGCUGGGGCUGAACCCUCUCAAGGCUUUCUGUGUAUGCUGCAAGAUCUGGAAUCACCCCGACGUGCUGUAUGAAGCCCUUCAGAAGGAGAACCUGGCCAAUGAGCAAGACCUGGAUGUGGAAGAGCUUGGUUCAGCGGGAACUAGUGCCCGCUGCCCAUCACAGGGAACAAAGGGCAAGGUGGAGGACAGCGCCCUGGCCUCCUCAAUGGGAGAGGCGACCAACAGCAAGUUCCUCCAAGGGGUCGGCUUCAACCCUUUCCAGGAGCGAGGCAACAACAUUGUCACAUAUGAAUGGGCCAAGGACCUUUUGACUAAUUACCAAACUGGUGUCUUGGAGAACUCUCCCAAGAUGGUACUGCUUUUCCACCUGAUUGAGGAAAGUGUGAAGCUUGGAGACAAGAUCCUUGUGUUCAGCCAGAGCCUUUCCACCUUGGCUUUAAUCGAGGAGUUCCUAGGGAAGCGAGAAGUGCCCUGUCUACCUGGUGCUGAGGGGCAAGGAGUACAGAAGUGGGUUCGAAACAUCAGCUACUUCCGGCUAGAUGGUAGCACCCCUGCCUUUGAGAGGGAGCGGCUCAUUAAUCAGUUCAAUGAUCCCAGCAACCUCACCACCUGGCUGUUCCUUCUCUCCACAAGGGCUGGGUGUUUGGGCGUGAAUCUGAUUGGUGCCAACCGAGUGGUGGUGUUUGACGCUUCCUGGAACCCUUGCCAUGAUGCUCAGGCUGUAUGUCGGGUAUACCGUUAUGGCCAGAAAAAGCCCUGUCACAUCUAUCGCCUUGUGGCUGAUUUCACCCUCGAAAAGAAGAUCUAUGACCGUCAGAUUUCGAAGCAGGGCAUGUCAGAUCGGGUGGUGGAUGAUCUCAAUCCGAUGCUGAACUUUACUCGAAAGGAGGUGGAGAACCUACUGCACUUCGUGGAGAAGGAGCCAGCUCCCCAAACAUCCUUGAAUGUAAAGGGGAUCAAGGAGCCAGUCCUGCAACUUGCCUGUCUGAAGUACCCUCACCUCAUCACCAAGGAGCCUUUUGAGCAUGAGUCAUUGCUCCUUAACCGAAAGGAUCACAAGCUGACCAAGGCUGAGAAAAAAGCAGCAAAGAAGAGCUAUGAGGAGGACAAACGUACAUCAGUCCCCUACACCCGCCCAUCAUAUGCGCAGUAUUACCCGGCCAGCGACCAGAGCCUGACCAGCAUCCCUGCCUUCAGUCAGAGAAACUGGCAGCCAACCCUGAAGAGUGAUGAGAAGCCCGUGGCCAGUGUUCGCCCCGUACAGUCCACCCCGAUCCCCAUGAUGCCGCGGCAUGUCCCACUGGGAGGCAGUGUAAGCUCUGCCUCCAGCACAAACCCAGCUAUGAACUUCCCGAUCAACUACCUGCAGCGUGCGGGAGUCCUUGUGCAGAAGGUGGUCACCACAACAGAUAUUGUUAUUCCCGGGCUCAACAGCUCCACAGACGUACAGGCAAGAAUUAAUGCUGGCGAGAGCAUCCACAUCAUCCGUGGGACAAAAGGGACAUACAUCCGUACCAGCGAUGGGCGAAUCUUUGCUGUCCGGGCGACUGGCAAACCAAAGGCCCCUGAAGAUGGUCGGAUGGCUGCCUCAGGUUCCCAGGGGCCUUCUCUCGAGUCUACAAGCAACGGCAGACACAGUGCCUCAUCACCUAAAGCCCCCGACCCCGAGGGGCUGGCCCGGCCCGUCUCUCCAGACAGCCCGGAGAUCAUCAGCGAGCUCCAGCAGUAUGCGGAUGUGGCUGCUGCCCGAGAGUCCCGCCAGAGCUCCCCAAGCUCCAGCGCCGCCCUGCCUGGCCCCCCGGCUCCACUUGUGGACAGCAGUGCUGUUCCUGGGACAGCCCUCGGGACUGAGCCUCGACACGGGGGUCAUUGCCUCAAUAGUUCCCUCCUGGUGACCGGCCAGCCCUGUGGUGACAGGCAUCCAGUGUUGGACUUACGGGGCCACAAGCGCAAGUUGGCCACCCCACCUGCUGCCCAGGAGUCAGCCCGCCGGCGGUCCAGGAAGGGCCAUCUGCCAGCUCCCGUGCAGCCGUAUGAACACGGGUAUCCAGUUUCUGGCGGGUUUGCCAUGCCACCCGUCUCCUUAAACCAUAACCUCACCCCUCCCUUCACCUCCCAGGCUGGGGAGAACUCCCUGUUCAUGGGCAGUACCCCCUCCUACUACCAGCUGUCCAAUUUGCUGGCAGAUGCCCGCCUGGUGUUUCCAGUGACUACUGACCCUCUGGUGCCGGCAGGCCCCGUCAGUUCCUCUUCCACGGCUACCUCAGUCACUGCCAGCAACCCCUCCUUCAUGCUCAACCCCUCUGUAACAGGGAUACUCCCCAGCUACUCACUCCCAUUCUCACAGCCACUCCUGUCCGAGCCAAGGAUGUUCGCGCCUUUUCCUUCCCCUGUCUUGCCCAGCAACCUUUCACGGGGCAUGUCUGUCUACCCCAGCUACAUAUCCCCACACACAGGCUACCCAGCCGGUGGCCUCCUCCGGUCCCAGGUGCCUCCAUUUGACUCUCAUGAGGUUGCUGAGGUGGGGUUCAGCUCCAAUGAUGAUGAGGAUAAGGACGAUGAUGUAAUAGAGGUCACUGGGAAAUAGCUGAGGAUCCCCUCUCCACCUCACUCGGGGCCCCCAGCAGGUCGCCCACCCAGACAGAAGGCAGCAAUCUGGGGUUUCUGAGAAUAGGGCCCUUGGCAAGAGGGGAAAGGAAGAGGACAAAGAAGGGUGGUUGACCAUAGGUGGCAGGGCUCUGUUGCUGUUUUAACAAAAGAGGCAAAAAAAAAAAAAAAAAUUCCAACAGAGCAGCAAUAGUGGGAAAUCAGGGACCUAAAACAGGAAUGGAGGGGCAGGGCAGCCUGCCUCUCUUCCUGCCUGCCUUGCUUAUGCUGUCUGCUUGCUUGCUUGCCCGUCUGAGGGUAGAAGCUCACAUCCCAUUUCUGUCUUUGGGAACAUUCUCUCCCGAGAGAGCUGCCUUACUGGGUGACUUAGCUUGGUCUGGAGAGGGGAGGGAGGCAGGGGAAGAGAAGAAGGGUGGGCAGACUGAGAUUCCAUGCAGUCGGGUCUUUUUAGGGGAUGGGAAAGAAGCAGACCAGGUGUGUGUGCGUGUGUACGUGUGUGUGUAUGUGUAUGUAUAUGUACUUACAUGUAUGUAACAGAGCAGGGGUGCAGGUGGGUGGGAAGGGAGGGAGGGAGGGAGGGACUAAGGGGGAAACUAAGAAAUGAAUUUAUCUUUUAUAAAAUGGAAAUCAGAGCAUGGUGGUUCAUGGCAACUAUUACUAUGAACAUCAGGGUGAGCCCAGGAGAAGAGCCAUGGGAACCACAAGUUUCCUUCUAGUUGAGUGAAGACCAGGCCCAGCUAACCCAAGUCCCCGGUUAUCAGAGCCACACUUGAUUCAAGACUAGGGGGAGAUUAUCAGAGAAAAUGGGCAUUACCAAUCUCUCUUUCCCCAGUGGCUUUCUCUGAGCAAGAUCUGCCUUUCUGGCAUGUGAGAGUGUCAGUGUGCCGAAGCUGGGGGGGAGAAGCACUGCGGAGUGUGAGUGGGAGGUCAUGGAGUUGUGGCCAGAAAAGACAUUCUUCACAAAGAUGGAACCGAGCCCCCAGCUGCCCGUCCUGGUGGCCUUUCUUGGCCUUUCCUUUCCUUCCCCAUUAGAGAGCUCCAUGUUAAUUUAUUUCUUAUGGGCAAUUAUUUAUUAUUUGGACUUUUCAUGUGUCUUGGUUCUUUUUUGGGGGGUGGGUGGGAUGGGAGGUUAGGGUAAGGAGGGUAGAUGUUGGGAAGGGAAAGUUUAUGUCUCAGACCCCACAGCUGCUGGUUAGUAAAUCCCCAGUGGAUGGCGAAUUGACCAAGGAAAGAGAGUUAGCCUAAGGUCUACACUAAGCAACUAUGUUUUCAGCAAAUGGCUUCUCAGGAAGUUCAGGGAAUCCUGCGACUGGGUAUUAGCGAUGAUGCGACUCAUUACACAGUGAUUGAAACUUAGGAUCAUGGAGUUUGCAACUGGGAAGUAAGUGACCCCAAAUUCGGAGGUGUGUCCUCUUGGGAUGACCUUAGAGGCAGGCUCUAUGCUGAAUAGUGAAGCUGGGUGUAGGUGGCUGCUGGGUUGACAGAACAGACAGUUGAGCUCAUAUCGGGAAAUGUUUGGCUUCCUCAGCCUAUCAGGUGAUCAGUGUGGGCCCUGGUGUCUGCUACCUCCAUCCUCUGUGGAGGAGCCCUUCCUCUGUAGAAGCCUUAAAUCAUCAUAACACAUCGGUCAUUCUGAGUCUCCCCUUAUCACCAGUGCUGGAGGCUGAGGGGCAUCUAGUCUUUAAGCAUAAGCACUGUCUUCCUUUUGGCUUUUCCGCCCCUACUGCUGAGACCUUGCUGGGCAGUUCUUUAGGGAAAACAAGCCCUGUCUGGCUUCAGAGCUAUACCGCCUCCCCAUUGGUCCCUCCUCACUGGCUGGGCGGCUGCCGCGCCUGCCUCUUCUGAACCCUGGGGGCAGCUUAGCUGGGUCGCCCCUAGUAGUAGCUGCUUCUACAGUUCUUCUGAACAGCCCAUUUCCAUUGGUGGGGGGGUUCUUAGCACACUCUGGGGACACUCUGGGGUAUUAUCCCCAAGAAGAGACAAGGAGAUGGCUGUUACGUGUGCGUGUGUGUGUGUGUGUGUGUGUGUGUGUGUGUGUGUGUGCACUGUUCAGUUACACCAAAAGUGGAACUUAAGGAGCUUGCUUUCUCUGUUUUCAUAAGCACCCUGUCAGACACUUAACUCUCCUCUUCAUAGAAGCCUUAGACCUACAAUUUAGCUAUGCAAAUUAUUUUAAUAAUUUAAAAACAGCAGUUCCAACAGUGCUUUCUUGGAUGCAUCCCAAGAAUGAAUGGUGAAGGGGCUGAGUUGGAGUGGGCUCUCCGGCUGAGGCUGGUGCAGAGGGAGUAAGCUAGCCUGGAUCUCUGAUUUGCAAGGAACACUCACCACCUGGGCUACAAAUGAUGCCUCUAAGGCUCCAGAGCACUGGGAUCCCAGAGAAUGUGUGUGUGUUUGGGGAAGGAGGGGUAUUUUUGUGUUCACCUCUAGGAAAUCACAGCAGCAGACUCUGAGAAUCCAGAAACUAUCCCAGUGAGGAACUAAAAGCAGUCACUGAAGGGAUGGGCUUUUAAACGUACUAGGAACCAAAUGGGUGUUCUCUGCCAUUACAAGCCUGCCCUCUUCCCAGUGGUUCUAGGGGCUGAGUCAUGCUUCAUUUCAGGAGAGGCCGCAGUUUUGGGAGGCUGUCCUGGGUAGACAAGGUUUUCUUUGAUUUAUGCAGCUUACAGUGUAUAAGGGAGUAGGGCUAGGAUCAUGGGAAAUUAGAGUGCUGCUGGUUCCAUGGUUUUCCUUUUAAAAAAAAAAAAAGAACCUGAAAACACUUCUCUGACAUUACUGCUAUCUCUGUGUGCAGGUAGGCAAGCGUGCAUGCACACCAAAUAUGAACAUAGGUGUGAGGGAAGCAGGAGCUGUUUUAGAACCUAAGAACGAUGUUUUACUGUUCCUCUGAUGAGAAACAACUUGGCAGUGAUGCCCACCCACCAUUCUGGCUUGAGUAAGGGAAGGAUGGUAAGAGGGAGGGCAGAUCAGGUUUAGCCAUCUUCCCUCACUGCUGUCUUCCAUAGCAUGUUUUCAAGGGCCUCUCAAGCCCCAUCUGUCUGGUUUAGCCUAAGUCCUCAAUCUAGGGGAUAUAGUACUAUGUAAUGAUUCAGGAUUACCACUUGUAGUAAUGCUUGAUUUGCUGUCUCAGUGUCUUUGUAGAUAGAAAUUCAACAGAGAUUAGCCACUGAAGUGAGAAAGUAAGUGAGCCAUGUUGGAUCCAUGUCAUUUUCAAAUUAGAUAUCUGCAGAGUUCUCACUGCCUCCAGUUAUGCUUCUGAAGCAUCUGUCUUAAGCAUCUUCUGACUUCAGGAUAUCUCUGGUCCUUAGAACUCUAUUCCCUAGGAACUAGUGUGUAGAAUCUCUAUAUACUUGUGAUUCACAACUAAAUAUGAACAUUUCCCACUCCAGGACAUGAAGCAAGUAGCUGGGGUAACAUUUUGCUGAUAGGUUGAAACAACCAAGCUUUUAACAGUCUGGGUGGGACUGUCACUCCCACAGCAGUCAGAGCAAGGCACUCGUGUCUGUGCAUGCCUGGCAUCGCUCUGAAUUGAGUCCUCAUCCCUUGGGGGAAGGUCUUCUGGGGCUUUACAUUCCUGUUUCUCUGUUUCUGUUCAUAACCCCCUUGUGCUUCCCAGUCCCCUGUGAUUCUACAGGAGACCCAUCUCUCCUCUCUGAGCAGUGGCCUCCUGUGCACCCAGCUUAGUGACUCUCCUUGCACCAAAACUCCUGAGAGAAGAACAACUCCCACCUUUAGAUCCCUAGCAGACUUUCUGGCCCUCGGCAGACUGUUCCCAAGAAAGAAAUCUGCACCUCAUGGUCUGUCUGAGAAGGGUAUGCUCUCCAAUUACUCACCUGCAGACUCUCCUUCUGACUGACUUCUGCCCUGUAUAUUCCACUGUGACCCCUUUGCGUGUGUUCUGUGCCACUGGCUUGGCUCUAGUCCUUUUAUGAAUACCCGAGUCUUACUGAUAAACUGGCUGAGCAGGCAGAGUCCACUUUCUCUGCGCUUCAGGGACUUGGUCUCCUUUCCUCUCUCAGAGGUCUGUUUGCUAUCAUAAUCUAGUGCGUUGGGGAGAGGUAACUAGACAGGCUGUAGUGAUGGGGCCGGGGGAGAUCUGAGUACUCCAUUACCACUAUUGGGAUAAUAUUCAGAAGAGGGGAUCUCAUACUGUGACCUGACCUAAGGCCCUCCCCUGGAAGAGAGCUCAGUCCAGGUUUGUGUGUGUGUAUGUGUGUGGUAGAGUGUGUGUGCGUACACGUGCUUAUGUGCACAUGGGUAUAAAUUGACUUAUCUGGUUGUGUUACUCAGGGUGGGCUGGGGACUCACCGGAAGAAUCCCCUCAGCCUGCCUGCCUGUGUUUUUCCUGUACCCUUUCCAGAGGGGUCGGGGAAGGGGGUCCAGGGUGGGUUGAGGGGGUCGCAAUGGAUAACCACUAAGGCCACACUGCUGCCAGGGGGAGUCAGGGGGAGAUGAGGUGGCCCCAGGGACCUGGCACCUGGCUUUGGUUUUCCGUCUUCUUUCCUCAGGACGCCCCCUGAGGCCUGGGACCUGCGCCUGGCUUUGAGGAGCACCUGUAGCUGAGUGCUCCGGCUGCUGGUGUGAUCACGGGCUUCCCUCCUCUCUCAGCAGGGCAGGUGCUCCUGCCCUAGAGACUGGGCAACUGGCUGUUUCUAUGACGUAUUUAUUUUUACUUGUGUUUCAUGUCACUUUUUUAAAAAGCAAACAGAACAAUUGUAAGUCAGUAUAACUGCCUAUCAGUUUUCUUUAUUUCUCUUUUUGUAAAAUAAAAUGUAAACUGAAGAA